CACGUAGAGCAGGAGAAAUGUUUUCAGUGACCCCUGACUGUUUUGGGUAGAGUUUUCAGGGGACACGAUCUGGGACGUUUUCCCUUAGCGAAAGUCUUCAUGUCGAAGAGAAGGUGGGAAGUACAAGACGCCUGCAGCCCAGUUUCCGGAGGACAACGAUUGCGAAGGACAACCAGGAAGCGGCGGGGCCGGGAGCUGUCCCCGGUUCUUCGCUCAGCUCUGCAGGGUUCCUCCCCCCCGGGGGUUCUCAAGUCGCGGCCCUGUGCCCUUCGCAGCCCCUUGUCCCCAGCUAGGCUCCGGCCCCGGCCGGUCGCUGCGGAGCGACCAUGUCUUCCGAUUUCGAGGGCUAUGAGCAGGACUUCGCGGUGCUCACUGCUGAGAUCACGAGCAAGAUUUCCAGGGUGCCCCGACUCCCGCCGGAUGAGAAGAAACAGAUGGUGGCACAUGUGGAGAAGCAGCUUGAAGAGGCAAAGGAGCUGCUCGAACAGAUGGAUUUGGAAGUCCGAGAAAUCCCACCCCAAAGUCGAGGGAUGUACAGCAACAGAAUGAGAAGCUACAAGCAAGAAAUGGGAAAACUUGAAACAGAUUUUAAAAGGUCACGGAUCGCCUACAGUGACGAAGUACGGAAUGAGCUCCUAGGGGAUGAUGGGAAUUCCUCAGAGAACCAGUUGAUAAAAUUACGUGAAGAGAGGGCACAUCUGCUCGAUAACACAGAGAGGCUGGAAAGGUCAUCUCGGAGACUAGAGGCUGGAUACCAGAUAGCAGUGGAAACCGAGCAAAUUGGCCAGGAAAUGUUGGAAAACCUCAGUCACGACAGAGAAAAGAUUCAGCGAGCGCGUGAACGACUUCGGGAAACUGAUGCCAACCUGGGGAAGAGUUCACGAAUUCUGACUGGGAUGUUGCGAAGGUAAGAGCAAGAAUCAUCCAGAAUCGCAUCCUGCUCGUCAUCCUGGGGAUCAUCGUGGUCAUCACCAUCCUGACAGCCAUCACCGUUUUUGUCAGAAGACACUGAUGUAUCUGUUCUCCCCUGAUAAACAGCACCCGUGGCUUGUUCCGAGUAAUUAAGACAAAAUGGUCACAUGAAUCAUUCUUUUGCGCUGACAGGCCCUGGGUGACCCUCUCUCUCCCUCUCCACUGUUCAGCUGGAGUGCAAAAGAGUGUAAAACUAUUUUCUAUUCCUGCUGCAUGUGGGUUGGUUUCCUUUUCUAGAUUGGUCUUUGCCCAGAUUUUUUUUUUUUUUUUUUUGGUAUAGGUAAAAGUGAAUGUUUAUUUGACUUUUGGUAAUUUCAUCUACUGCCCAAAAUAGCCUUGGUGACGUUCUUCCUUGCCCUGUGGACAGGUCUAGCUAGGACCAUGGUUUGGAAGCAGGCAGUCAUGGGGGCUUCUGUCUGUCACACACCUCUCGUCACCAAAAACUCCUUCUGUGAAGUCCACAUAAAAAUGCAAGGAAAAUCAGUGUCCAGAGCCAGUGACCAGCUGCAGAUGGCCAGCCCUGCCCCGUCCUGGGCAUAAUGAAUGUAGUCAUCCUGCCUGAGUGCUUUUAUUGCAAAGGAGGGUAUUUAAUGUCACUUGUACAGGAAAUUGACUUAGCACUUUCCCUGUUUUUCUAUUGCAUAAUUUUUUAACCCAAGAAUAUUUUUGCUGCAGCUGCCCAGUAUCUACGUUUUACAGCUUGGGUUACUGGCUACAAGAAAUAUUUCCUUGCCUCCCCCAAAUGCCACACUCCUCAGAAUUUUCUGGCAACGUGAGCACUGGCACAGUAUUUGAUUGUGGCCUAGUCUUCACUAACCUGCGAAAGCAUUUCUGUAUCCUUUUGGAUUUAAUGUUUGUUCUGCCAACAGCUGCCAUCUCAUACAUGCAGAAGGUCUGACCAGGCUCUCUCCACACCCAUCCAGUAUGUAAAGAGGCCAUGAACAUUUCAGUACAUGCAAGAACAUGCAUCCAUCCGUGUGAAAUUUCCGACGUGAUAACAAAAGUGAGACAGUCUUAUAUAGAAUGAUUCACUAGAAAUAAACUUUAUGGAAAGUGUUCACUACGCUUCUUUGAAAGAAUGAGGGAUGGUAGAAUGUCACAAAAGGAUGACUUAGGUUGUUUACUAACAAAUGUUCAGCAAAGCCUUCCUGGAUUCUCUAUGUAUUCAAACCUCUAAUGUGCUUUGUGAUUUUCUUUUCUGUCUGAGGUAACCAGGAAUUGUGUUCAAAAUGAGUUCAUUUGUGAUUGUGCUUAAAAGUUGUCCGAGCUGAGGUCAUUGUUGCCCUCCCCACUCAUAAAACAAAAUGUGUUUUUCUUAAGACUUCAUAGGCACUUAUGGGUCCAUACUAGCUUUUGAGUAUAAUUGGAAGCUUUGAAUUCUUGCAAAGCAAAACUGUUCUCUUCAUUAAAAAAUGCUAACCACCUGUGCUCAUGGAUCAAGAUCACGCCACACUGGAUCUCCCCCCCACACACACACACACUCAAAGAGAACCAUUGUGGAAUAGAGAGGAAAUGCAGAAUAUAAAACCCACUAGAAAAAUUGUAUUUACCAAAAGAAAUAGGCCAGGGCCUGUAUGUGUAUGUGAGCAGAUAACCCACUCAUUACCGCGUAAAUAAAGGUACAGUCUCUAUGGC